UUUCUCGUUGUUAUUUAAAUUAUAGGUGCAAAUGGAUUAAGAAGACGAGGCCGCCAAACUUACACACGAUACCAAACACUGGAACUUGAGAAAGAGUUUCACACAAAUCACUAUCUGACAAGACGACGUCGGAUAGAAAUGGCUCAUGCACUCUGUCUCACCGAGCGACAAAUUAAAAUCUGGUUCCAAAAUCGACGAAUGAAGUUGAAGAAGGAGAUACAAGCGAUCAAAGAGCUCAACGAGCAAGAAAAACAGGCCCAAGCACAAAAGGCAGCGUUAGCAGCGCAAGGUCACUCUAUAGAGGGCAAUUAGGGGUUAUUCUAUAAUUCGUAGUCGUAAAUUUUAUAUUUAAAUUAAAUUUGUAAAAAUUGAUGAUGAAGAAAUGAACUUCACAUAAAUACACAAACAUCCACACACAUCUACACAAACACACACACAAUAUUUGAAGUAAAUAUUGAAAGGAUUUUUGAGUAAAUGAAAUUAUUAAAUUGAAUUUUAUAUUAAGAAGAUUUAGAAGUUAAUGAGACAUGACGUAACUAAUGAUAACCAACUUGAAUGGAUUUUUACUUUCAUGAAGGCUUAAGUUGAAUAUUUGUUGAACACACAGCAUGAAGAGUGAGGAAGUUUCACUAAGCCAAGUGAAGGCAAUGAUUUUGAUGUGACAAUGUGAUGUUAAAUUA